GUGUGUGUGUGUGUGUGUGUGUGUGUGUGUGUGUGUAUUUCUGUUUGCGUUAAUUUAUUAAUCUUAAAUAAUUAUCAUUGCAACUAUUGUUAACAGUUUUCUAAACUGAUCAUGGGGAAGACAAAGUUGUUGCUGGAUGUGGACACGGGUGUGGACGACGCCCAGGGCAUCAUGCUCGCCUUGGCUGCUCCCGACGUGCAAGUGCUGGGGAUCACGUGCACGCACGGCAACACAGCGUUGGAGAACUCGUGCAGGAACACACUCCGCGUGCUCAAAGAGUGCCAAAGGGGGGACAUCCCCGUGUACCGGGGCUCCGCGGAGCCGCUGCUGGGUCGCAUGAUUGACGCCAGCGACUUCCACGGCAAGGAUGGGCUGGGGGACUCCCCGGACCCACAGGCGCCCGGGCUGGACCAGCUGCAGGCAGAGGGCGCUGUGGAGGCCCUCAUCCGCCUGGUCAGGGAGAACCCCGGCGAGGUGAACCUGGUGGCCACCGGGCCCCUGACUAACUUGGCCCUGGCAGUGAAGCUGGACCCGUCCCUGCCUGAGAAGCUGAAGGGCCUCUACAUCAUGGGGGGGAACAUUGAAUCCAGGGGCAACACCACUGUUUGCGGGGAGUUCAACUUUGUGGCGGACCCCGAGUCAGCCUUCAUCGUCCUGACGCAGUACCGCUGCCCCACCUUCAUCGCCAGCUGGGAGUUCUCCUGCCGCAACAAACUGCCCUGAUCCUUUUGUGAUGAGUGGCUGGCCCAGGACACAGGGAAGGCUCGCUUCAUGGGAAGGAUCUACAAUCACACCAUGGAGGUACGGAUCACACACACACACACACGACACACCGUCAAUGCAGGCCUUUCUGACCUCUCUUUUGGAGGAGGGAGUAAGCCGGUGGCUCGCAUUUUUGGCUCCCAGCCCUUUGUCGUAAUGGGUUCAAUCCCCAGCCUGAAGGCAUCCAUGAGCGAGACGCCGUGAGAUGGAAUCUGAAUUCACUGUCAGUUGCUUUGGAUAAAAAAAGGAGAUAUGAAUAAACUCAUUCAACACUUUGCAUCCCAGGUGUGUGUGUGUGUGUG